GUCAGGACGCCGCGGCCGCGGCGCUGGACCUUGGGACUCGGAAGCUCCCGGACCACUGUCCGCCCGCCGCUUCGCUCCCGAUCACCCCGCCAGCAGAUCCCAGGUCUCUGACGGCAGAGAGACCAGCGCCGCGAAAACAGAAACAAAACCUAAGAAAUGCCUCAUUCCACAAAUAGAGAAAUGAUACUUGGCAUUGUGGUGGGAGCUGCCGGAAUCAGCUUGCUGCUUUUGUGGUAUCACAAGGUUCGUAAACCAAGGACAGCAAUGGCUUUACCUAAAUUUCUUUCUCUGGGUAAUUCACUUGAUUUGAUGACUUUACAAGAUGAAAUGCCUAGUGGCCAAGGAACAACAGUGAUCUUUCAAGGAAGGCAGCUUCAAAUACUGGAGAAGUUAAAUGAAUUACUGACAAAUAUGGAAGAACUCAAAGAGGAAAUCCGAGUUCUUAAAGAAGCCAUUCCAAAGCUGGAGGAGUAUAUACAAGGUGAACUUGGAGGGAAGGUAACUGUUCACAAGAUAAGUCCUCAGCACAGAGCUAGAAAAAGAAGGCUUGCCACAGUUCAAAGUUCAGCAACAAGUAAUAGUUCAGAGGAAGCGGAAAGUGAGGGAGGGUAUGUUACAGCUAAUACUGACACCGAAGAACAGAGUUUUCCAGUCCCUAAGGAGUUUAACACUCAUGUGGAGGAAUUAAAUUUAGAUGCCCUUAUUCAGAGGGCUGAUAAUUUACGAGUGAAUGAGUCCAGAAAAGUGGAGAGUUUUGAGCUGCUUUGUGACCACAAAGAAAAGUUUAGAGAUGAAAUAGAGUUUAUUUGGCGGUUUGCUCGUGCUUAUGGAGACAUGUAUGAGCUAUCUACAAAUACACAAGAAAAGAAGCAUUAUGCUAAUAUUGGAAAGACAUUAGGUGAAAAAGCUAUUAUGAGAGCACCCAAGAAUGGAUAUUGUCAUCUAUGGUAUGCAGUUUUGUGUGGCUAUGUAUCUGAGUUUGAGGGCUUACAAAACAAAAUUAACUAUGGAUAUCGCUUCAAGGAACAUCUAGAUAAAGCAAUCGAAUUUUUACCUGAAGAACCCUUUUUGUAUUACCUCAAAGGAAGAUACUGUUAUGCUGUCUCAAAACUGAGCUGGAUUGAGAGAAAAAUGGCUGCUACUCUGUUUGGAAAUAUACCGUCCUCAACUGUACAAGAAGCUUUGCAAAAUUUCCUUAAGGAAGUCAUGCUGUCAGAACCCAGACUGUGGAAGUCCUGCCCCGCUCCAUGCCUCCAAAGAAGUUCACAGGAAUACAGCUCCAGAGCCAUGCUGUUUGCUCCUAUAGAGAGAGAGCUCUAGUUUUAGAAUCAGACAGUUUAUGACUCGAGACUUUUACUGUUAAUAUGACAUGGACCUGUUUGUUUAUUUCUCCUAACCUUAAAUUCUUUAUCAGUAAGGUAGAUAUAAUACCUAAUUUUGUUUUUGUGAAAAUUGCAUGAAAUAAUACAUGUUGUUUUCUUGGCCCGUGGUCUCACACACUAAGUGCUCUAACUAAAAAUAAAUAUUGCUAAUAUUGCUGUUAUUUUUUCAUAUAACGGGUGAAAUCUGGUUCUCCACAGCCUCAAAACAUCUAGGGAGGUGGUUUGAGACCAAGAGUCAUCUGCAAAUUCCAUGUUAGGAUUCUUUUAAGAUAUAGCAUGCUUCCCACUUCAUCCCAAAUUCUGGGCUGAUUCCCUCAGUCAGUGGUUUUUAACCUUGUCUAUGCGAACUGAACAGAACUGAUACAUUUGAAUUGUCUGGAGAGCUUUAAAAAAUGCUAACCCAGGCUACAACCCAGACUAAUUUAUUUCAGAAUAUCUGAAUAUAUUAAGAUAUAGUUUAUAUACAAUUAGAUACCCAUUUUAUGUGUACAGUUCCAUGAAAUUUGACAAGUUUGUAUACGUAUGUAACUACCAUCACUUUGCCUAUUUUAAAAUUUUAUAUAAAUAGAAUCAUAGCUUUGGUACUUUGUAUAUCUGGCUUCCUUUGUUCUGCAUGUUUUGAGAUGCAGUCGAUUUAUUGAAUGUAUUUGUGAUUGCCUCAUAAUAUUCCAUCACAUGGAUUUACAACAAUUUACUUAUGCAUUUACCUAUUGAUGGACAUUUGAGUUGUUCCCAGCUUGGAGCUAUUAUGAAUAAAGUGUUUAUGAUCAUUCAUAGGCAAGCUUUUAAUGUAGACAUGUUUUAAGUUUUCUUAGCUAAAUACCUAUGAUUGGAAUUGUGGUACAACGCUGUUUUAAAGCUUGACCUGUUUUUAAAGAUCUCAAGGUCCUUCAGGUGCAGGCCAUGGCAUGUUGGAGCACUCCUGGAUGGGUGUGUGCAGUAGAAGACAGGUGUGGCAGUUUUGGCCAUCCUGAUGUCACUCACUGUUUGUAGUCACAGGAUCCCCGAAUCUUCCUUAGUGGUUUCACCAGCUGCCAAGCUGUCUUCUGUGACUUGAUAUGACAGAGGGCUGCUGCAUGAGUUCAUGAGAUGUUUUAAAACAAAGCUGAUUUAUUCAGCAAUGUUUUUUAAGCAUAUACCUAAUACCAAAUGAAAGGAACACAGAAAUGACCAUAACAGCUCCUGCCUUUGGGGAACUUGGAUGACCAAGAUGAAGUAAGCAAGUACAGUAUUUUCUGCCAGAUGUUAUGGCAUAGUUCAAAGAACAUCAUAGAAACUGCCCAUUAAUUAAAACAUUCUGUUGAAUGACCCAACCUUCCUUGUUAUGCUGCUAAUGCCUUUGUCAAAGGUCAGAAUCUGUUCCAUUUUAGGAUGUAAGUAUUGUUAGUAACCUGCCUAUGUUCCUUUGUUGUUGUUCAGUCACUAAGUCGUGUCCAACUCUUUGCGACUCCAUGGCUGCAGCAGACCAGGCUUCCCUGUCCCUCACCCUCUCCUCCUGCCCUCAAUCUUUCCCAG